AUGAAGAAGAGGAUAGAUGAUUCAAAUGGAGAUGAGUAUGUUAGAUCAACGGAAGGAAUAGAGAGGGACCAAGAAGAAGAUGAGUUUAGUAUUGAGGAGGAGAAUAGAGAAUCUGAGGCUGAGGAAAGCGCCCAAGAAGAUGAAGAGGUUGAGAGUGAAGAGGGUGAAGAAGAAGAAGAAGAGGUUGUGGAGAGUGAGCAAGAGGAAGAGAUUGAGGAGGCUGAUGGAGAUGAACAAAUGGAGGAAGUUGAGCAAGCACAAGAAGAGGAACAUGAUAGCCUCCCCAACUUCCAAGACCACUAUGAUGCUCUCUUUUCCAUGGAGUUUGUGGAAAAAAAUCUGACUUGUGAGUUCCUUGCUUCAUUGAGGUAUCACAUGUACACCAAGGCUGAAAGGAGAGAGUUGGACAGAGGUUUGGGUUGGAUCCCCUUCCUAGCUGAUGGAGUUGAGAGACAAGUCACAUUUAGGCAUCUGGAAGUCUUGUUUGGGUUCAACUAUGGAAGUGGAGCUGCGUAG